AUGAUCUCCGCACUCGCAGUCGUUCCCCCGGAAAGGCUCGAGGACGCUCUCAGAGAGCUCCGAAACGAAUUGCCAGAUGAGUUGCAACCAGUCCUGGACUACUUCGAAGACACGCACAUUGGUCGUCUUCGAGUUCACAACGACGGUUCGCUGGCACGACGGGACCCUUUGUUUCGAGUCUCUAUGUGGACGGUUUCUGAGCGCACACUGCGAGGGGACAGUCGCACCAACAAUUACGCGGAGGCAGCUCAUAGAAGUCUCCAACGCCGAUUCCGCGUCGAACAUCCUGGCAUAUUGAACUUCUUCGACGGGAUCCGUAGCGUACAGCAUAGCAAAGAUGCCGACUUGGAACGAUACACAGCUGGGCAUACCUCGGAGGGCAAGAAGAAUAAGUACGUCGAGAACGACCAAAAGAUUCUGCGCAUCCUCGGAAAUAGGGACACGAAUACCUUAACAGAGACCAUGAGAGGCGUUACCCACACAUACAAAAUGAAUCCUUGA